AUGAUGAGUAGUACAACAAGCAAUAUUGUUGAAGACGAAACUAUGACUGAAUCCGAUAAUCGUAAAAGUUUUCUUAUAUCAAAUCUUUUAUCUGCUGAAACAACACUUGAAACAGAAGAUGAUGAAGAUGAAAAUAUUUCAAUUGAAGAAAAUUUUCAAAAUAAUUCUAAACUACAUCGAGCAUUUCAUAAACCAAUGCCAACAUCAAUGAUAUUUCCACGUUUAAUGUCUACAAAUGAUUUUUCCUAUCUUUAUUAUUUGAGUUAUCAAUAUUUUACAAUGCAAAUGUUAAAAAAUAGUCAAUUAUCAUCACCAAUAAUUAAUUCAUCAAUAAAAAAACCUUUAUCAUCAAUACCAACAUCAUCAUCAUCUUGUUCAUCAUCAUCAUCACCACCAUCACCAAAUCCACCAACAUCAAUAACAAAUUCACGUUAUCAAUGUGAUGGUUGUUUAAAAUCUUAUUCAACAUUCGGUGGACUAUCGAAACAUAAACAAUUUCAUUGUAUAGCACAAAUAAAAAAACAAUUUCAAUGUAAAUUCUGUGACAAAACAUAUAAUUCAUUAGGUGCACUUAAAAUGCAUAUACGUACACAUACAUUACCAUGUAAAUGUAAAAUUUGUGGUAAAGCAUUUUCACGUCCAUGGCUAUUACAAGGUCAUGUACGUACUCAUACAGGUGAAAAACCCUUUCAAUGUGAAAUAUGUUGUCGAGCAUUUGCUGAUCGUUCAAAUUUACGUGCACAUAUGCAAACACAUUCGGAUAUUAAAAAAUAUCGAUGUACAAAAUGUUCAAAAACAUUUUCACGUAUGUCAUUACUUAAUAAACAUAUGGAAAAUUGUUUACAACAAACGACAACGACCAAUACUGAUGAUUGUACCAGUAUGGCUGCAUUUUCGAUUUGA